CUGAAACUUGUGGUAGACUUUGGAUGUCGAUCCACACUGGUUAGCUAGUGUGGAGUGACAUCCGCUGGCCACUGCACCUAUGUGCUUUUCUCCGUUAGUUUCCUUCGCCCCUCCCUCGUCUCAAGAUCGGCUGGGUUUCUGAAUUCGGAGCUGCAACCUAACUCGCACACAGCCGGCAGUGCAGUGGAGACCAGAGUGUCAAGAGGAGAAGAUCAAUUAGUAUGGCUGCAGGGCCGCUGGUGCUAUGGAACCACCGGUCGAUGCAGAUCCUGGUCCUCCUCAGCCUUGGGCUCCAGCUCGUCCUCUUCGUCUUUGCCGGGAUCCGCCGGCGUCAGACGCUCCCCGUGCGGAGGUUCCUCCUGUGGCUAGCGUACCUCAUAGCCGACUCCACCGCCGUGUACGCCGUCGGCCACCUGUCAUUUGGCAGCGCCGUGCGUGAGAACCAGCUCGUCGCGUUCUGGGCGCCGUUCCUGCUGCUCCACCUCGGCGGCCCGGACAACAUCACCGCCUAUGCGCUCCAGGACAACCAGCUCUGGCUCCGACACCUCACCAUCCUCAUCGUGCAGGUCCUCGGAGCGGGCUACGUCCUCAAGAAGCACAUCACCGUCGCCCGCGGCCAGGACGGGAAGCUGCUCCUGAUCGCCUCCAUUUUGAUGUUCGCCCUCGGCUUGGUCAAGUACGGGGAGAGGACGUGGGCGCUCAAGUGCAGCACCCUGGAGAGCAUCGGCGCCUCCGUCAAGACCCAGCCGCCCGCCAUCCACAACCAUAACCAUCCUCAGGACAUAGCCACGGAGGGGGAGUUCCACCUGCGACGAGCCCACUCGCUGUUCCACAUCUGCAAGCGCGCCAUCGGCGACUCCUCAGUGGUCGAGGAGGAUUCCGUGGAGAUCACCGUGCAUUUCGGUACAGCAGUACAGGGCGUGGAGCUGUGGACGCUGAUGGAGAUCGAGCUUUCCCUCAUGUACGACGUCCUCUACACCAAGGCAGCCGUCAUCCACACCUUCUUCGGCUACCUGGUCCGCUUCGUCGGGCCUCUUAGCGCCAUCACCUCGAUGCUGCUGUUCCAGUUCACCUCCAAGGACGGCUACGACAGAGCCGACGUCGCCAUCACCUACGUCCUGCUGGGCGGCGCCGUGUUCAUGGAGACGGCGUCGCUCCUGAACGCGUUGGCGUCAUCCUGGACCUUUGCGUUCCUGAGCACUACCAGGUGGAGCUGGCUUCGGUACACCACCCUGUGCAACGAGAGAUGGGACAGGCUCCGGCGCGCCGUCGUGUGGCUUCGUAAUCUUGUCAAGGGACGAGUUGGCGGUGACAGUAGGUACAAGUCAAGAAGGUGGUCAUACACCAUCGGGCAGUACAACUUGCUGCAUUUCUGCACGCGCCCCGCCGACAUGCCGCUCGGUAGGCUGGCCAAGGCAAUGGGACUCGACGAGUGGUGGAACCGGAAGCACUACUCGGGGACCGUCGAGAUGUCUGGUGAGAUCAAGUUCCGUAUCGCUCUCUACAUGAAGCGGUUGUACAGCAAGGGGAGGUUCAGCACGGGCAUGCUAAGGAAGAAGUGGGGCGAGGAUCCGCUGGAGAGCCGUGGGCUUUACCACAAAGGCAUCCUCAAGGACUCCCUCGGCUUCGAGUUCCAGGAGGGCAUCAUCAUCUGGCACAUCGCCACCGAGAUCUUCCUUGCCAAAAGCAAGAGAGCCAAGGCAGUGGAUGCUGCGCCUGAGGUGCAUUUUAUUAGGAUGAUGUCCGACUAUAUGAUGUUCCUAUUAGUGGAUCGUCCCUACAUGCUGCCAGGACAGCCCCAAAAGAAGUUGUACCGGCGGACCUGCGAGAGGCUGGUCACCAUGCGAUCGGCUGAUCCUAGGUACCCGAGUCGUGCACGCAUCACGGAUCUGUUCUGUGUGUAUGAUGGCCCAAACUCUAGCACUUCCAGGGUCGCGGAGAGAGUGGAGCUUGCAAACAACUUGUACGAUGAGUACCAAGAUCGAGAGUAUGGCGAAGUUGCUCCUCGCCUCAUUCACAUGGCUCAACUUGCCAAAGAGCUACUGGAGAAGGAGAGGGAUGGCACGACCGACUCUUUGAAGCUUGUCCUGGAAGUGUGGAUGGACAUUCUUAUUUACGCGAGCCACAAGUGCAGCAGGGAGUCCCACGCCCAGAAGCUCAAUAGUGGUGGCGAGUUGACAACCAUCGUGUGGCUUAUGGCAGAACACAUAUACCUAGCGUCGGCCCCAGAAAGAGAUGAUGUAAUAUAAUGUUUCUGAUAACAAUUGCAUCCUACUUCAUGUAUUUAUUUAUUUUUUGA